AAUGCCAUUUGACUGCACAGUGUGUUGCAUUACAUUGACUGAUAUUUAAGAAGUGGAUUAUAUUACUUUUAACAUGUGGUUCAUUUUCACGGUAGCGCUGUAUUUUUCACUGACGCCAGUAAAAGCGUGUGAACAAUUUGAAUUUUCAACAAUUGAGGUCUUACAAAGAUUUUUGUGGAAACGAACGACCUUACCAAUAACUACAAACGUUGCAAUGGAUGAGGGAUGGCAAAGUGUUGGGCGCGAUUCGACUUACAAUUUGGAAAUAUACCGGUACACAAACGUCAACAACUUCUUCAUACUCUUCUAUGGUAAUAAACUUGUGGGAGUUGGACUUGUGCACGCAGCAGACUCAGAUCCUAGCUUUUUCAGUUGGUCAAGUACUUUCGGAAAUGGAUACAUGUUCAAACAUACAGUGACUGUGGACCAGAAGAAUAUAGGAUACGCAAUGGUUCUCUUUGUAAAUCCAGAUGAACUAAAGCAAGAAGCGACACCAAUCUGUUUCACUAAAUUCAUACAUUUUGAAGGAACAAAAAAUGGAGAUUGGCAUAAAGUUUCCAUUUUCGAGAAUGGAAUUCAAAAUGUUGAACCAAGAAUGAAAAAACAAGGCUGCAAGAAUAGGUUUGGUCACUACUAUUUCUACAGCCUAGAAGAUAAAACUACAUGCAGUAGAGUCCACGGGUUCUACUGUUUCUAUGGUGAUAACGGAGAGAUGAAUGGGUUUGGAGUGUUCACCGAAGGAAUGAGUGUUCUCAAUGAGCCAAACGAUCAUCCGCACCCAGUAAUAGUAUUUUGGCCCUGUGCUGAUGUCAAAGAAAUAGUGACUCAUAAUGCAAAAUGUAUGGACAAGAAAGCGUCUGAAGGCUAUGUUACUACUGUUAUCUACCUAAAAGAAGACGAGGAAACUGUCAAAUUCAAGUGCAACAAACAAGUUGCUCAUUCACCCUAACCAGCCAUUUUAGUUUUAAUAUAAGAAAAAUAUAAAAGGGCUGUUUGGAAAAACCACUGGUCAGUUAUAUCUUUGACUAUAGAUAAAACUUCACUAUUCAAUAUUCAAUGGUUAUAAAUAUAAAAAUAUAUGUCAAUAAA